GAAGAGGAGGAGAAGAAGAAGAAGGGGGGAAAAGAGGAGGGAGAGAAGAAGGACCAGGAGAUAUCUUCACCUUUCAACAUCCAGGAGACAAGAAGGAGGAAAAAAGGAAGCUAACAAGUGAGAAGGAACAAGCUAACAUAAAAAAAAAAAAGAUGCAGAGUUGCCCAAUUGAAAUAUGGUUGACAAAAACUUAUAAGAAACUCCUGCACCGUAGUUUCUCUUGUUAACACUUCCCGAGGAUUGGCUUGUUUUACACAGCAUCCAGGCUGGGCCAUCAAUUCCCUCUAGUUGACCUCACCUUGGCCAGGGCAACACCCCAUACCUCAGAGAUGGGGGUGGCCAAAGUCAUCCGGCACUUCAGCGGGGACGAUGGGGCAGGAGAACUCCAAGAAGAUGAGUCAGUGGAAUCCCCCAAGAACUGCCACAAUGGCAAGAUCGUCACUAUCCAACCACGCAGCCGUUUUGUGAAGAAGGAUGGGCACUGCAAUGUGCAGUUUGUUAACAUGAAUGAAAAGGGUCAGCGGUAUCUUACCGAUAUCUUCACCACUUGUGUGGAUAUCCGCUGGCGCUGGAUGUUCCUCAUCUUCUGCCUUUCUUUUGUGCUCUCCUGGCUUCUCUUUGGUUUCACCUUCUGGCUCAUUGCUGCACUUCAUGGAGAUCUUGCACCCGAGCAACCCCCCAACUCAAAGCCUUGCUUCUCCGAGGUCACCAGUUUCAUGGCUGCCUUCCUCUUCUCCUUGGAGACCCAGACGUCCAUUGGAUAUGGCUUCCGUAGCGUGACAGAGGAAUGCCCCUCAGCUGUCCUGGCUGUGGUCUUGCAGUGCAUUCUUGGAUGCAUCAUUGAUGCCUUCAUCAUUGGUGCCAUAAUGGCCAAGAUAGCCAAGCCAAAGAAACGCAACGAGACUCUUGUUUUUAGUGAGACUGCUGUGGUGGCCAUGCGAGAUGGGAAGCUCUGCCUUAUGUGGCGUGUGGCUAACCUGCGGAAGAGCCACCUGGUAGAGGCCCAUGUCCGGGCACAGCUGUUGCAGCCUCGUGUGACCUCUGAAGGCGAGUACAUUCCGCUGGAUCACAGUGAUGUUAAUGUGGGCUUUGAUAGUGGCACUGACCGUAUUUUUCUGGUCUCCCCUGUGACCAUUGUGCAUGAGAUUGAUGCCGAAAGCCCUCUGUACGAGUAUGGCCCUAUGGAGCUGGCCAACGCUGACUUUGAACUGGUGGUCAUUUUGGAAGGUAUGGUAGAAGCUACUGCCAUGACCACUCAAUGCCGUAGUUCCUAUCUGCCAGGUGAACUGCGCUGGGGACAUCGCUUUGAACCUGUACUCUUUGAGCGGCGUGGGCAUUAUGAGGUUGAUUACCAGCACUUCCAUCGUACAUAUGAGGUGCCUGGAACCCCAGCAUGCAGUGCCAAGGAACUCAGCCAACGUAAAUAUAGGGUCUCCCCGACUGGAACCACUGCUGCUCGUUCUUCCUUCUGCUAUGAGAAUGAAGUGGCACUUACAACCUGUCAUGAGGAAGAGGAGGAAGAAAAAAGCCAGGGAAAACAGCGGGUGAGUGUGGAGAAUGAAACAACCACUACCACGUGACGUGAUCCAUGUCCCUCAACUGAGGAAAGCUGAGGAAAGAAGGGGUAGCACCCACACCAGACUUCACAUAAUUGGGCUGUUUAAACAAUUAGCCAAAGGACCACAUUUUCAUACUUUGACUGACUGUCCCCCUCCCAAAUCAAGCAUCUCAGCUUGGUCGUUGCUAGAAGAAAUACCAUGGAACAAACAGAAGACUUUUCUAGAUUAUUUGUCUCUGAGGAGAGUUAAGGGGUCAUAGUUAUACAGUAUGUCUAUGUGAGGGGAAAGGGGAAGUUUAAGCACAGGGAAACUUGCAAGAAAGAAUGCCUAUUUCAUGGGCUUCAAAACAGCCCAUGAAUAACUUGAUGGUUGUGGUUAUACAAAUUAAGAUAACAGUAGUUAGAUGGAAGUCUGAUGAAUCAACAAUAUGUUUAUUGUAAGGAGCUUGAAAGCUCUGUAAGAAGAUGCUUUAUGAUGCUCUACUAAUGGCGGUCCCAUUGUAGCUCUCUCAUUUAUGAAGUUCCAGGAGGCAAAUGGAGAAGAAGCAUUCUCUGGACAGUGGAAAUGAUGGUUAGGUGAAAUUUUACAGAACUGGAAUAUGUCUGGUCUAUAAUGAAAAUGCAACAGAGGGAGGCAGUUCUACAGAGUUUAAAAAUGUGCAUUUUUUUUCUAGGCCAUUGAGAUAGAAGUGAUAUAUUCACAGGGCAAUAACCUAAUUAUACACCCCAGGAAUACCCCUUUCUUAAGACCCGAUGUGGAAACCUUUUCUAAUAGUCCUGCAAAAGUAGCUGGAAAUUCUUAAGAAGACACAUGCUGGGAAGUUUAUUAUUGUGGUCUGGUAAUAUUUGGAAUAAAGGAGCCUUUAUAAGAACGGAUAA